AUUGCUCUUGCCCCUACAUUUAUCUUCAUUCCUCUCAACUAACCAAACCUUUCCAAACCUCUACGAUCAAUUCUUCAUACCUUUUAAAACUUCUCUCAACCGGCAAUAUACCUCCAGUUUUUUACCCACACAAGAAAAAACAAUUCAAAACCUAUAUCAAGAUGUCUAGAGUAGUAUUCGAAAGAGCUUUAUACGUACCAAGUCACUUUCCAUCUAUCAAACAUUUCUCACCAUUAAGAAGACAAAGAAUGUCAUCAGGAUAUUUAAAAGCAUCACGUUUGACACUGCAGACUGUAAUGAGUGAUCACAUCGAAUUUAGACAUUUAACAUUACCUAUGAUUGAUGAUCGUCAAACUUAUAGAAUUACACCUGAAAUGAUCUCAAUCUUACCAAGGCGUUCAAGGUCUCGUUCUCAAAAGAAUUUCAAACCAUUAGAACCUUCUCCACUCACUAGAUAAAUUAGUCGACUGGAUGACGAUGACGUUGAAGCUGUUAUUGUGGGUUGAUCAAGAUGAUUGAUGCCUACGCACGAUUCCUAUCACAUUCAAUUUGCGUUCAAAUUCACAUCAACUCGUUCCAAUUAUCAUGAUAAACCAACUAAACUGAAAACAAUUGGACCGAAUCCCACAACUCAACCAUUCGAAAGUAUCCAUCUUCCAUACCCAUUCGAAUCCAUCCUCAUCCUGUAUUCCUUCGUAUUUCUUUGUAUUCCUUUUAAAACUUCAAGUAUUCCUUUUCUUACCUCCAUAGUGCUUGGAUAUCUCAUUGAACCAUCUGAUUCUUAUUCAGCAACAAGGUGUUCAACAAUUUACCUACAUUAGCACAUGUUGUGAUCCUAUCAUCGGUGCUUCCCCAACUCCGCUUUUUCCAGAUUCACAUUUUAUCAUCACUCAUUUUGAUGUCUGACAUAUUCUUCAAGCAUCAUCAUUUUUUACUCAAAUCCUCCAUUCACUUCUCAAGCAGAUAUCCUUGUCUUUUCAUACAUACCAAACAGAUUGUAUUUUAGUACACAAAUUUAUUUGUCAGGAUUUCUAUUGAAAAACUCGAGACGGGCAUAAAGAGUAAGACCGUUGGUUUAUGGCUUGUCGGAUUUGAUUUACAAGAUAACGAAUAGUGAGGCUUUUUGUAGUCUUCCUUUUUUCUCUUCGAAAUGUACAUGAAUAAAUCUGAAAUGAAAGCCAAAACCAAAUAUAACAUC